AUGGUAUCGCCGCAAAAAGAAAUUAUCCAGGAAACAUGCGUUAUCUCGCUGCCCAAAAGAUCUCCGAAUUGCGAAUAUCGAAGUCAUACUGCUGGAUGGCUACCGCCAAAAGAGAUGAUAUCCCUGGCACCUAUCAAGACUGGAGCAUCUCCUCGUCCUCAUCUGAGCACGAAGAGUGCUCGACCUAUCACUACCUCGAUCAACGCAAGCAAUUUGCACCAAGAACUCUCCUAUGCGGACUUGCUGGGUGGACGAAUAUCUAAUGCUAUGGUUGGUGAAGAGCCCGAAGAGCCAACUCCAUCCCAAGUGGCAGAUCUAACACCUCCGUCAACUCUUCCGGCCUUCAUCAAACCACUUCCAAAUCACCUGGAGCCAUGUGAUAUCGCGUACCUUACCAGCAAGGGUGCUCUGAAGCUACCAUCAGCAAAGUUCCAAGAAGAGAUAGUCAAGUGCUAUGUAUUUUACGUUCAUCCCUUCCUGCCUGUGGUAGACUUGGUGCAGCUUCUCGGAGCUCUCUACAGGCCAUCUACUUUCCAAAGGGGUAAGAUCAGCAUCCUCUUGUACCAGGCAAUCAUGUUUGCCGGGGUCUCUUUUAUCGACCCGGCAAAUGUCAAAGACUUGGGGUUUGCAGCCAAAAGAGAUGCCAGGAAAGCAUAUCAUGACAAAACUCGGAUACUGUACGACCUCGACGCUGAACCGGAUCAACUAACGAUAGUGCAGUCAGCCCUCCUUCUCACGUCAUGGUCUCAAACACCUGUAGACAACAAAGGUACCUGGCAUUGGAUGGGAAUUGCGUCGUCUUUGGCAUUCUCACUGGGGCUUCAUCGAAAGGCAGCUGAUACAAUUGACAAUCUGAGAGAAAAUAGACUUCGAAGACGGGUGUGGUGGUCAUGUUGUUUACGUGACCGCAUCAUCGCAUUGGCAAUGAGCCGAGCAAUGAGAAUCCAUGACGAUGAGUUUGAUACACCUCGACUGACUUAUGAGGAUUUUGACACUGUUGAAGUCGUGUUCCAAAGCCUCCAGAUGAACCCUCUAUCAGGUUCUCUUCCGAUAGCCGGCCUCGGUAAUCUCAGCACACUGGCAGAAAUGUUCAUGUUCAUGGUUGAUCUAAGCAUCCAUGCCGGUGAGGUCAUUACAUGGCAGUAUUCAAUGUUGCCUUCGGAGGCCUUCAAAGCACAAAACACACAAAAUAUCACCAACUCAAGGACGAUGUUGUUUCCGAGAGCGCAGCCCGAUAGGCCAGAAAAGGUUCUAGCGUAUGACAAGAAGCUUCACGACUGGUUUCGGCGCAGACCAGAUUCCUGCCGCUACUACUCUCGGCGCCAGUCAGCAUUAGAGAGCCAGCAUCCCACCAUCUCAGUUCAUCGAAGUUUUAUCCACAUAAUCUUUCAUGCAGUUGUCUCGGCUCUACAUCGACCAUUGGUGAGUCUAGAAAGUCCGCAUUUGAAAUACACGCCAGAGCAGAAGCUCUCGCUCUCCCGAAUCUUUGAGGCAGGAAGCGAAAUUAGUCAAGCCAGUCAUGAUCUUCGGAUCCACAACUUGGACUAUCUACUGCCACCAACCGUUGUUCUGAUCGAGAUACCUGCCGUAUUAUCUCAUAUCCCUCGGGUGCGUCUACACAAAGCAGGCGCCGCUUACAAUCCGCUAGAAGCCAUGUUCGAAUCUCUCAAAGUCUGCGAAACGUUACAAGCCGCUCAUCCGGGUGUUGACCUUGUGAUGGGCUUUCUCACCACCGUAUUGGAAAACGCGCAGAUCGAGAUCAUCAGAGAUCGAGACGGGAAGAUAUUAUUCUUGCGGACCAGGUAUGCUGAAAGCGGGCCAAGUCUUGAUUUACCAUCAAUACCAGCCUCCAAAACCCCCCAGCUGGAGAGUGGCACCCUAUCCACCGAUGGACCAUGUCAUGGUGCUACGUGCUUGGACCGAGACUUGACAGCUGCAACUCUCCAAGUUUCGCCUCAAGCUGUCGACGAAGGGUCCCCUGCACUUUUUAAUGAAUCCGAACUCGACGAUUUCGGUCUUUCUAUGAGUACUGAUGACUUGCAACACAUCGAAACGGACUGGGAAACGGUAUUUGAGGACGUGAUGCUUCAGCAGGGUCUUGGGAUGUCACUCCCUUUAUGA